AUGUCACAGACAGUCAAAGAUUAUACUUGGAGAAGAGAUGAAGGUUUCUGGAAAGAGACGUACCCUGACCUUGACAAGGGGUCCGCAGACACAACUGUCUACUGUCAGCCGUGUGAAGAGGAAGGCAAACGCGCUAAGGCUUACGGCUUCUGUCAGACCUGCGAGGAGAACAUGUGUGCUCCCUGUAUCAAGGCCCAUAAGAAAUUCAAGAUGUCCAGGAACCACAUUAUGUUGUCGAAAGAUAAAAUGCCGUCUUCCUAUCCACCAACCAAGCAGUCAGACAUCGGCAACACGGGGUACUGUAAAAACCAUCCAAAGGAGAUAAUUAAGUUUUACUGCCCGACUCACGGCGACCUUGGCUGUGGUGACUGUGUCGUACUCGACCAUCGCAGCUGUCAAGUCCAAUACAUCGCUGACGUGGCUAAAGAUUAUGUCAUUGGAAAUGAAUUCAGAGAGCUGGAACCAUCGAUUAAACGAGCUGAAGAUCUUUUAUCUGGGUCUAUAAGUAAUGUCAAUGAGCUUUUGGACGAGGUCGAAAACCAGUCUAAGUAUGAGAUCGCCAGAUUGAGGAAGUUCCGGGAAGAACUCAACACCUACCUGGACGACCGCGAGAAGGAGUUGCUAGACAACAUCCGGAAAGUGAAGAUCGAUGAUGAAAACGUGCUGAAUACCUUAAAGACUGACUGCGAGUCGGCGAAAUCGGGUCUUGAGGCCAUGAGGACGGAUCUAUCGUCCGGUGACAUCUCGGUGAAUCAGCGGUACGUUGCGGCGAGGAGAGCCGAGAAAGACAUACAGAAUAUUCUUGAUAAGAAUGAGCAGAUGACUGGUCUGAUAAAGGCCAGAAAGUAUCGGUUUCUUAAGAACGAGGACACGGAACGUCUUCUCGGAUCGAGCAUGGGUCUGGGAACACUGGACGUUGCGGGAGAAUUUGUUCCAGUUCCUGACCUCUCUACUGUAACAUGGAAGAAGGGAGCGGAUAUCAAUGUUAAAGCGACUCCGGACGACAAAAUCUCCUAUAUCUCUGGCGCAGCCCUGCUCUCUCCUGGAAUCUUACUUCUGGCUGACAUGCGUAACGAGAAUGUCAAACUUGUAAACGUCUCCGCCCGCACCGUCACGUCCUGCCUCCGGCUGCCAGGCAAGCCCUGGGACGUGUGUAUGCUCCCUGAUGACCAGGCCGCAGUCACUCUCCCGUACAAGUCCACCAUCCAUCUGAUGUCUACAAAGGAAGUACAGUUGUCGUAUGGAAAGGAAAUUAAAGUAUCACCCGACUGUCGAGGUAUUGCGUCUUACAACAACAUAUUAUACGUUUCGUACACAUCAAACCCGCGUAUUGAAGUGAUGACAUUAGAUGGUCAUAUUAUAAGUACAUUUCAAACAGAUGAUCGAAGACAACUUUUCAAGGAACCAUUUUACCUGACUGUGUCAACUUCAACACCACCGACCCUGUACGUGUCUGACUUCGAUGCCCACACCGUUCUCCAGCUGUCCCUAGACGGGAAGGUCUUGGGGGAGUACCGAUACGAGCAGCUCACCCGUCCCAGAACCGUGGUGGAGGUAGGGCCCGGCCAGAUGACGGAAGUACUUGGAGAGAUGGACGGACUGUACAAGUCCUACUCUGUUAGCUUCUGUCCUCACACUCGUGCAAUAUUUGUCGGGACUUAUAGUGACUCCCUGAGGGUCUUUAAUGUAAACUGACCGUGUUUCUUCACAGAAUCUUUUGCAGAACUUACUAUGUAAUAAAUAAGGUUUAAACAACCGAAUAGUUAAUGCAAUAACAUUUAUAGUUUAACAUUAGCUUACAGAUUUUAUUAGUUGUUAACAUGUUUAAUGAAAAUGAAUGACCAUUCUUUUUAUGUUAAAAUGGAAAUAAUGAAUGCAUGUGGUAUCUGUUUCAGAAGUAUUGUA